AUGAGCUCGCUUGCGGGUGAAUCAAGUGCUCGUAUGGUUGGUGAUCUUUGUUAUGUUGCGGCCCAGGCCUCUGCCCUUAUGGUUGCUGCUGUCGAUCGGGUUUACCAUGCUGGUGCAAAUAAGAGGCAGUUGAAAGCCGCUUUAGAGGAUCAAGUGGCCACUUUGGAGGACCGGUCAGAGCGACUUGAGGACCAGUGGAUGCUAGAGAAGUGGGUGGUUCACGUAAUUGAAAAGGUCAUUGAGAGCGCAAAAUUUUCCAGCGGGAUCCGGGGUGUUGGUGAGGCAUAUGAAGUCCUAGAUCCUGGCAAUGUUGCAAGAAGGGUUGCAAAGGUGGAUACCGCAUUAUCGUCCCUGGCUGAGAUGGAUUUUGCGAGCCUCUUUCGCUUGGGAGAGUUGGAUUAUGAAGGCUUCCGCCAGUUUUGUGGAAGGCCGAAUCUAGGAGGUUCUUUCUCAGAUUCUGAGGGCUGA